AUGGGUUCAAUCUCCUCCCCGGCUCCUGCCACUCUCAGUAGGAUAGAAAGCUUCGAACAGAUCGAAGCACUUGGCGACCGAGAGGCCUCCGUGGUCACUAUGUUCAGCGGUGGCCUGGACAGCACCUACCUGCUCUUCUAUCUUCACCGGCUCGGAUUCAAAAAUGUCUACGCUGUCGCGGUGGACGUCGGGGAGCCCGUCAACCAGGGCAAGCUGACCGACAUGGCCGCCCGUUUUAAUGCAAAAUUCGUAUAUCUCGAUGGCAAAGACGAAUUCGUUGAACAGGGCAUCAAACCAGCCAUUCGGGCUCACGCCAGUUAUCUCGGAAUGUAUCCGCUCAGCAGUUCGCUCAGUCGGCCGGUCAUCGCCCGCUUAGUCGCCGAUUAUGCCAAGUCAUUGGAUUCGAAGCUCCUGCUCCAUACCGCCAAUCUAUCGCAAAACAGCCUGCGCCGGCUCAACAACAGCAUUCAGCGCAGUGGGUUUUCUGGGUUGUAUGGAAGCCCAUACGUGCGUUCGGUCAGCUCCCGCGAGAAUAAAGCGGCCGAACUGGCCAAAGCCGGCUUGGCUUUCAUGUCAGACCGCAAGCUGAGCCGUGAUGAAAACUUGUGGUGCCGAGAGUUUGAGAGUGGUCCGCUGGAUGAUCCAGAGGAUUUCACCAUCCCAGAAGAUGCGUAUGUCUGGACGCAAAGCGUCGUCAAUCAUGCGCCGGAGAAAGUCAAGCUCGGCUUCGAAAGUGGCCAACUCGUUUCCGUCAACGAUCAAAAGAUGGCAUUGAUCAAAGCCAUCGCGCUGCUGAACAACACGGUAGGAAAGUUUGGUCACGGCCGCUUUGUCGGGCUCGAACCCAUCAUCACAGACGAAAAGGUUCUCGAGGUUCGCGAAGCUCCCGCCGCCGCGAUCAUCAUGGAUGCGCUCCGCCAUCUUGAAGUGGCUUCGCUGAGCACCAAAUCGCUCGGACUGAAACAGGAGCUUGAGCAGAAAUGGGUCCUUGAAGCCAUAACUGGUCAAUGGGCAAGCCCGGUCCACACUAUGUGUGACCGCGCCAUGGCCUCCAUCUUAGAGAAUGUCUCCGGGACGGUGACUUACGUCGUCGGUCCAAGCAGCUUCUUGCCCUGCUCCAUAAUAGCACAGAAUCCCUGUUAUGUGCGGGAUAGGGACGACUGGGAACUACAGACUGCUACAAACCCCGCAGGUUUGCCUUCCAUCGAGCUUGUCUAA